UCAACACUUCGUCGUGAAGGUGGGUCAUUGUGAAAUGACAGCGCCGAACCAACCAGGCGCACAGCACACCGCCACCAGCGGCGGCAGUCGCAUGCAACGCGCAAGCGAGAUGGCGUGUCUGUGACAUGUGCCAAUGGCCAUGUGCGCGCAGUUAGAGUGGUCGUCUCGCUCUGGCGCUCUGGAACCCCUGCUCGUCGUACUGGGCGCCGGUGCGCAUUUUUGCGUUUGAAAGAAACAGGUCGAAGCACGCAAAAGACCCGCGGAAAUGGAAAUGCUGCUGCUGCUCGCUGCUUGUCGGCCGGCGACAGCUGCGAGGCACGUGUGCUCGUCAUCGCACCCAAAUACAGUUGCCAGCUGAGGGCUGCUGUGCUCCUGUUACUUAGUGUCAUAUUUCGCACAAAAGUUCGUUCGUAUUUUUCUGCUACAAUUUACGAUUUAGACGAGAGAGCGAGCGAGAGCGAGUGAACGAGCCGCGCUGCCAGAGACGUUGGAAUUUGAAUUUGAAUCCCAGUGGCGAAGAUGUCGAAGAAGAAAUUAGAUAUGUACAUAUGUAGUACACCUAUAUACAUAUACAUACGUAUGUGUGCACAUUCGUGAGUAAUUUGAGCCGUGAAAAAAUGUCUUAAGACGCGGAUAAGCGCAUUUAAUCCAGGCUAAGUGCGCUCGAAGACACCGCGACAAUUUUUAAUCACCUUAAUUAAAUUCCAUGCCCUCACCCAAGGAGCACUAUAAAAAUGCCGUUGCCCAGCAUGUCAGAUGUCAGCCAAAAGGCGAGACGUCAAUGGAGAGCAUGUGCCUCCACCGAAAUUAGUCGGCAACUAAAAUAGUUCAAGUGAAAAUCCUCCGACAAAAUGUAUCUCGGCGGGCAGGACAAUUUGGCCGGUCCGCAGUCGUAUGCGAGUUUCCUGAACGAUAGCUCGGGCGAUGCAAGUGGCGCUGUGUUGCCCUUGGGCCAGGACUAUCCGGCGGAGUAUCAGCACAUGAUACUCGCUCAUUGGCGUGGCUUUCGUACGCCUCCCAUUUACCAUCGUGCCGGCCUUUACAUUGCCUACUUUGUGCUUAUGAUCAUCAAUAUUUUUGGCAAUGGAUUGGUCAUCUGGAUAUUCACGACUUCCAAGUCCCUGCGCACGCCCUCAAAUUUGUUAAUUUUAAAUCUGGCCGUUUUUGAUCUGUUCAUGUGCACGAAUAUGCCGCAAUAUUUGAUCAACGCUGCCGUUGGCUAUGUGGUCGGUGGCGAGUUGGGCUGUGACAUCUAUGCGGUAUGCGGGGGCAUUUCUGGGAUGGGUGCCUCGAUAACAAAUGCAUUCAUUGCAUUCGAUCGCUAUAAGACCAUAUCGAAUCCAAUUGAUGGCCGCUUGAGUUAUGGACAAAUCAUUAUGUGUAUUAUGUUCACCUGGUUGUGGGCAACACCAUUUUCGGUGCUACCCUUUUUUCAGAUCUGGGGCCAAUAUAAGCCAGAAGGAUACCUGACGACUUGCAGUUUCGAUUAUUUGACAAACACCGAUGAGAUUCGCUUGUUUGUGCGCACCAUAUUUGUCUGGUCGUAUGCCAUACCGAUGACAAUGGUUCUUACUUCAUAUUAUAAGCUAUUCACCCAUGUCCGCAGCCAUGAGAGGAUGUUGGCUGAACAGGCCAAGAAAAUGAAUGUGAAAUCUCUCUCGGCAAAUGCGAGCAACGAAUCGAUGAGUGUGGAACUGAGGAUUGCCAAAGCAGCACUGAUUAUCUACAUGCUCUUUGUGAUAGCCUGGACGCCGUAUUCUGUGGUCGCAUUGAUUGGUUGCUUUGGGGAGCAGCAGUUGCUGACGCCAUUUGUUACCAUGGUGCCUGCAUUGGCCUGCAAAGGGGUGUCCUGCCUCGAUCCCUGGGUGUAUGCCACAAGCCAUCCCAAGUAUCGCCUCGAACUGGAACGUCGGCUACCUUGGCUGGGCAUACGGGAGAAACAAUAUGCUAGCUCUGGCUCCACAGGCGGACAGGAGAGUGUGGCCAGUGUGAGUGGCGAUACGCUGGCUAUGAGCGUUCAAAACUAAUGGAUUUGACUUGGAUAUGGAUAUUAAUUAGGGAUAAUAAUACAGCUAUAGACUAUAUCUCACACGCAAUGAACUGCAAAGAGUUCCAAAAAUAAACAAACCAAAAAAAGUUGGCAUUCAAAAAUCGA